AUGGCGCCCAAGAAGAGCGCCAGCGAGCAGACCUUCGAUUUUGAGACCAUAGCGCUCGUCAUUUACGCCAUGCUGGAGUCUGGCGUCACUCUCGGCGUCAACCACUACGGCCUGAUGUCCGCUGCCGACCCAAAGGGCCGCACCGCCAGCAGCUUUGAGCAUUCGUUCCGGAACGUCAAGAAACGUGCCAAGGAGUUGCAGACCACCAAAGGCAGCAACCUUGGCACGUCGGCUUCGUCAAAGUCGCGCGGAGGAGCCGGUGGCUCCAAGCGCAAGAAGGCUGCGAGCGAGAUAAACAGCGGAGGGAGCGCCGACGACGAAGAGCAGCCGCCAUCUAAGAGAGUCAAGCCAGAGCCAAACAGCGAAGACGACGCCUCCGACGAUGAGCUUUGA